GCAGAAUUUCUGUGCCCUCGUGAUGUUCCGCCAUUUAGUCCGACAAGCGAAAAACCCAAACCAGCAAAACCAAACCAAACCAAACAAAACUAAAAAAAACCUAAGUGGAAGAUUGACAAACGCUGGGUAAGUUAGAGUAACAUCAGUGAUUGAGAAAAAUGGUGAAAAGGUGCUCAUAUGGGGACUGCAAAACAGAUGAACGGUACCCAGAAAGGGUGAUCAAUAUAAAAUUUUAUCCAUUCCCCAAACCCUGCCGAAACCUGCAGAAGUGUUUGAAAUGGUUACGUUUAUGUGGAGGGCCUAACCGUCAACUGAAUAUGGACAAGCUGAGGAUUCAUUCCAAAGCCAAACACAUCUAUGUGUGUUCAAAGCACUUUGUUGAUGGCCGGCCGACACCAGCCACUCCUGAUCCUCUGCUAUAUGAACCAAGUGACGACACACCUGCAAGACGUAUACGAAAACAAAACGAUGCUGAAGACGGGAGAUUUGGGUAUGAUCAACAAGGCGUUUCAGUUGAUAUUACAGUUGAGGUGGAGCCAUCAGCAGAGGAGACCACUACAGAAGGGGAUGCUAUGGUCACUGAAAUGGGCAAACCGCCAUGUAAAAUAGUAAAGUUUGAUCCAUCAUUGCAUCUUGGGGACACAGAAAACAAAACUGAAUGUGUGCAGUUUAACCCAUGUAAAGAGGGUGAAGAAGCUAUCAUUGGUGAUGGCGCUCCACCUGCAACAAUACUUGUAGCUGGCCAGGACAAAGCUGAAAUAGCAGAUGAAAGUCAGACGAGAGACGAAGGGUCAAAUGAUGACAAUGCCGGACAGCAGGAGUGCCAUUUUUGCAGCUCUAUGCGUGAUGAAAUUGACCACCUGUUAAAGGAAAACCGAAAACUGAGGAAAGAGCUUGCUAAAAAAAACAUGGGAGAGGACUCGUUUAAAGAGGACAAUGCGAAGGUCAAGUACUACACUGGGCUACCGUGUUUUGUGAUUCUGAUGGGUGUGCUGACACAGCUUCUUCCCCACCUGCCACAGACUGGCCACAAACUCUCACCUUUUCAGAUGCUCCUUUUAACACUGAUGCGCCUCAAACUCAAUCUGCCAGUUCAGCACAUCGCAUACCUCUUUUGUGUGGAUCAAGAUACGGUGUCCAACACGUUCAAAGAUACUCUUGGCACUAUGUUCCAACAACUUAAAUCUCUCGUUCACUGGCCAGAAAGACAUUACCUGCAAGCCACCAUGCCACAUCAGUUUGUUGAGGCUUUUGGCAGUUGUGUGCCAGUUAUUGUGGACAGCUUUGAAAUUUGCACACAGAAAGGAUCAAGUUUCAAAUCUAGCGCUCACACAUUUUCCCACUGCAAACACCAUCAAACAAUGAAAUAUCUCUUUGGCAUUACGCCACGAGGAUCCAUAUCUUUCAUUUCUAAAGGGUGGGAAGGUUGUGUCAGCGACAAGCAUGUGACAGAGAAUAGUGGCCUUCUUGAUCAGCUUUUACCUGGUGACUUGGUGCUCGCAGAUCACGGAUUUGAAAUCGGACACAGUGGUGGACUCAUGUGUGCCGAAUUGAAAAUCACAGGAGGACGCAGACUUCUGGACGCUAAAGAUGCGGUGGAAAAACAACAAAUAGCUCACCUUGGGGUGCAUGUAGAUAGAGUGACUGGAUGUGUGCGCACAAAGUACAUCAUGCUGAAUGGGAUUGUUCCUGUCAGCAUGGCAGUCCCAUGUGAAGGGGAGGACAUGACAUUCCUGGACAAGAUUGUGACUGUAUGCUGCGCCUUGACUAACAUGUGCCCCAGCGUUAUGAAAACAUAAACUAAGAAAUUACCAGUCCUUCAAAUCAAUUUCUCGCAAGGAAUAUGCCAUCCAACAUACAAGUUUGUGUAAAUAUGUUAUAUAGACAUUCAUUUAUGUAUAUAUUGGAUGUUUAAAUAAUAAAAAGUGCCUGUAUAUAUGUAUUUUUUUUCAGUGUUUCCAAUAAGAAA